CGCCACUCCUGUCCUGUCCCCCACUUGUCGCUCCGGCUUGAACGAGUUGGCGACAGUGUCAGUCGAUUCAAUUAGCUGCGCUCAUGUGGUGCGGGUGCACAGUACACCCAAUCCCCGAGAAUCCUCGAACGGAGUGGCAUGUUGGACCAGAGGAUCGGCAAUCGUGGGCCUUGAGAAAAGGCACAUCUUUCAAUUCGUUGCGACGCUGGCUGCUCCCCGCACGUGCAUGCCCAUGGCCGACGACAAGACUGCAACCGUACAUGUGGGUACCGCCCCGACUUUGGAAGACCUUCUUGGUCCCGAGAUCCUGACGACCAAGGGCAUUGUGCCGACGAGCGACGCGCUGGCAGGAAAGAAACGGAUCGGGAUGUACUUUGCAGCGAACUGGUGUCCUCCGUGCCGGACGUUCACACCGAUUGUUUCGCGUAUGUACAAAGACUUGAUCGAAGCCGACAGCGACAUAGAGAUUUUGUUUGUGUCGUGCGAUGGCACGCAAGAGCAAUUCGACGAGUACUGGGGCUCCUCCAUGGCGUUUCCAGCACUGCCGUACGAGCCGCGGUCGAUGAAGACGAAGUUGGGCAAACAAUUUGACGUCAAGUUCAUCCCGACGCUAUUCUUUUUGGACGCAACUACCAGCAAAAUCAUCAUGCGGUCAGGAGUUGAGAUCAUCGAAGACGGGAUUAACGAAGACGAGUACUUCCAGAGCGUCCGAGAAGCGCUGGGGCUGGCAGCAGCACCCCCAUGAGACCACCAUCAACGUCGUAGUAUUCUAGUCUGCGGUGAAAAAAGUGUAGACGAAGUGGCAUCAUUUGAGUUGCUGGAACGAUUCAUCGCCGUGUGCAUGUGGAGGCCACCAGCAUGAGAGAGGCUUGUCCACUGUCAUCAGCACCG